CCACAAAGCAGUGACAUGAGGCUAUAAAAAGGCAAAGAUAUUUUUCAUCUGAGCCACCGUUUUUAUUAACACUUGUCCAUAUAUCUGAGAAGUGGCUUAAACCCUAGCCGCUCCACAUUUGUUCCUCUUUCCUUAAACCCUCAAACUUCCUUUCCUUAGAUUUUUGAAUUUGUCUGCACAAAUGGCUUUCUACAACAAACUCGGUAGUCUGUUGAGGCAGAGCAAUGCAGUAAGUGCAAAUUCAUCAACUCCAGCAAUGCUUAAUGCCAUCCGCUGCAUGUCGUCAAAGCUUUUUGUUGGUGGUCUUUCAUGGGGAACUGAUGAUCAGUCACUGAGAGAUGCCUUCGCUAGCUUUGGUGAUGUUGUUGAUGCAAGGGUGAUCGUUGACAGAGACUCUGGCAGAUCAAGGGGAUUUGGAUUUGUGAACUUCCAAGAUGAAGAAAGUGCAAAAGAGGCUAUGACAGCAAUGGACGGUCAGCAACUCCAGGGAAGGAAUAUCCGUGUUAGUAUAGCAACCGAGAGGGCUCCUCGAAGUGGUGGUUUUGGUGGCCAAGGUGGAUUUGGCGGUGGCUAUGGCGGUGGUCAAACCAACGAUGGAUUUUAAGUCACUCUUUACCGUUAACUAUAAGCUGUCAAAGUGUGCAUGGUAAUACUUAUCUAAGUAGAGGACCUGGUGUGAUGGCUUCGUUGAUUUUAUCUUUUAAAACGUCUUUUUGUGCAAGUUUUUAGUUACCAAUAAUUUUUCCAGAUUUAUCACUAGUCUUCUGUGUCUCCUAUUUAUUGUUUAUUGCAAGCAUACAACGUUGUGUAUUGCCUAGCAUCUUUGAACACUACUCACAACAGAAUGGAUGGCAAUUGAUAAAUUUGCAAAUUUUAGA